GGUGGGAGUAGCAGCAGAUAAGAGAGAGAGCUCGUCUCAUGGCCACACUGCAAACUUUAAACCAACAGCACUACCUUACACCCAGCUUCACAGAAAACGUUUUUUCCAUUUAACAAGCGGUUUGACACGCUGUUUUAUCGGCGGUGUUUUCUUCAUCAGUGAGAUGCAGCCAGGUAGGACACACAGACGCUCCUCUUUAACUCUGCGUCUUAUCCACCACGAUCCUCCAUUUCUUGCAAUCGAGCCGGUUUUGAUGCCCUCUCUCUUUGUGGGUGUCUCAGCCCAGAGCCAGUUGUUUGAGUCCCUGAAAGCGUAUCUCAACAACAGCAGGAGAUUGCAACCUGUUAUCGGCCUGAACAGCAUUACAGAAUGUGUAACAGCAGGUGCAGUGAACAGCGCGCCACUGUACUUCUGUAUCGUUUGUGUGUGUCGGUGUAAUAAAUCUGACAUACGAAACCACAUAUUUGGAAGCCACCAUCGGUUCAAUUAUAUUAAAGCAUGGCACCCCGAGUUAUUGAUCGCAUGGCAGGAGGAUAACGACCUCUCUGCCAUGGCAUGGCCCCUCAUGGAGCUGGCCAAGAUGGUUGAGGAAAAGGAGGGACCGGGACAGGCCCGGCUGAUAGAGGUUCGAGAAGCGUUGUACCAGAAGAUGACGACGCUCAGUGAAACCGACGCUGUAACUCUGACAGUCCUCCUAAGAGGUGAUCAGGCUGAAGGUGGGAGCUGUGCUGACACGACUGCAGCUUCGCACAGUCCCACCAAAUCGCACAGGGUUGUUCUGCAACACCAAGAGAGAGGCUCUGAGGAAUCUGUCCAGGGCGACACGCCGUCACAUGAGAAAUCUUGCGACAGCUCGGAGAACACCAGCUGUUUUCAUGGCUACACAGGAACUGAACCUCUUAUUGGUCUUCUCUACGUGGUCGAGUACCGGAGUGAAGAUGGCUCCUCUGGCUGCUUCUUAUGCCACUGCUGCCGCGUCAGAUCCAACAAAAAGGACAUCGUUGAUCACCUCACCGGCUCCAGUCACCUCGUCAACUACUUGAUGGAAGCUUGUCCUGAGCAGGUGGAGGGAGUGAGCGUUGAUAUUAAAACGCUGCAGUCGCUCGCCCGGACAGUGGAAAAAAAUGAUUGCAGAGGAGGUCUGAAGGUAGUAAAUGUACCAGAAUCCCUCUGUAGACUGCUCGCUGCCAACAAUUACCACUGCUGUUUAAAGAUACUGCGUGGUGAAUGGACUCACGCUGAUGUUCCCCUCCAAGGGCCGGGAGUGACGGAGACGUCGGGCCGCUUUGCGCCACACAGAAACACUGCGAAGCCGUCAAAAAGGAAGAAGAAGAUGAAGGGCAAGACUGACACUGUGUUCAGCGUGAGCCUGCCUCUUUCUAGUGGUCCUUUGCUGCUGGAGAGGACGUCCUUCACUGAGGGCAGGACUUCUGUGUCCUCCGGAUCACCUUCAGCAGAUCUGGAUCUAGAUCACUUCCCAGAGUCUGGAUCAUUCACAGGAAAUGAUGAUGAUGAUGGUGAAGGUACCUCAUCGUCUGAAUCCUCUCGUUUCCAGCUCGAUGAAGGUGACGACGUGGAUGGACGUAUUCGAAGGAAGAAUCUCAUAGUCAGUUUGUUUCAAGAUGUGAACAGUUCUCCCAGUGAAGGUUACAGCCGGUAUGGACAUGUAGCUGAGACGACGGACCGCGAGGCGUUUGAAGGAAGGAACUACAACAACCUGACGGUUCGUCUGCAAACAUCGACUGAGACGCGCCAAAGCGAAUACGACCCUGACACACCGAACAGCGGACCGAUGGCGGCUGCGUCUUAUUUGCCCGGCUACAGUCACUGGGAAGGUGGAGAGGAUUAUUGCUACGCGUCGACUUCAAAAGACGAAACCGGAGCGGAGGGACACGCCUGCAUGGGCUCCGGCGCCGUUCAGCAUUACGACCAGCAGCGGCUCGGUUAUCAGCACGCGGCAGGAUGCGCUGCAGGUCCGCCGGCAGGCGUCCCGCAUGGGCCUGGCGAUGGCUUCUACCAUCCUCUUCCUCAUUUAUAUGCAGCCAGAACACAGACUCUGGACGGCAGCGUCGCACCAGAGGCGAGCGAUCAGCUCCACCAGACCCAGACUCAGCAGACACACCAGGGCUUCGACGGUCACUGGGCAUAGGCACCAGCUCUCUAGCCCGUUUUAAACUGAACGAAAUGUUCUGAACAUGCCCUGAAAUCCCAUCAGAACAAAGGUUCUCAAAGUGUAGGGGGGGGUGAGCCCCCCCCCCCCCCCUCCUCCCAACAAGGCUCUUGUGUGAGACAGACCACAGUUUAGCCAUUUUACCAUUUUUGUUUCCAUUGCACUCGCAGAAAGUUUAGCAGUUUGUGUUUUAGAAAAAUGGUGAAUAGUUUUUGUUUCUUCUCACAAUUUUGAAAAGAUAAAGAUAUUUGAAGGGAAGUUUUCUCGCCGUGGGAAGUUCGCCCCACCCUGUGAGGACCAGACUGAAAUAUUCUUCAGGUGAAAUAUUACACAGGAAACACGCGGCUGUAGAGUUCAUCAUUUCACUGUUCACUCUUAUUUUUGAUUCUCUUGAUAGUAUCUGUUCAAAUCUGCAUCUUUUUUUUUUCUUUUUUCUUUUUUUUAACAUUGUCAUGCAAACGGCUACAUUUGUUUUGGUCAAGCUGUGCCUUAAAACAUUUCAGGAAAACUUCAAAUGAGAUUCAUUUAGUCUGUCAUGUUACACGAUGGACUUGUUCUCUGUAGUCACUUGCAAAAGUUACCUUUUUUUAAAAGAAGAAACAUGUAACAAUGUUUGAGAAGUUUUGCUGACGUUUUGUUCUUUCCCUCCAUCGGUUGUGUGAUGAGGUUGGUUGAUCAUAGGAACCAUUUCAACGUUAGAUUUUCACAAAUGUAGAAGCUGCAGUUUAUCAGAUUUCAUUGACUUGCUACUGAUCGUUUUCAUACCUUGUGUCACAAUUCUCGGUACAAAAGCACACAGUAGUUGUAAAAUGCGUAGUUACUCGUAAUGUGGUUGAAUUUGUGUUGCUGUCAAAGGCAGUGCAGCGACUCCUGGAUCCUGUUUGGCAUUAACAUUACAGUUAUGAACAUUACAACAUUGCAGUUCAUUCAGAAGUAUUCAUACUCUGAGAAAAUGUUCAUUUCGUCAUUUUCUCUUUUAAAAACAAUUUUAAUUGUAUGAAGAAUAAGUUUUAUAAUUUCUGCAUCAAGUAUUCAGGUGAUUUCUUUUACUUUUCACAUUUAUUUUGUUUUUGGUCUAUUUUUUGGGUCACGCUGUGUGUUUUCAAAACACAUGGAAGUAUUAGCUGCACUGUCUACUGCUGGAGUUCAUCCUGCACUCACCACUGCCCCCUUCAUUGAGGCAUUUCUUGUUCUUUCCUGCAUUUUUCUGGUGGUUUAAGUGACACAUUUCUACUUGAAAAGUAAAACGUAAAGCACACUUAUGGCUGAAGGCUGUUUCCAAACUUCUUUUCCAGCUUGUUGACCAAAUAAAAUUGUGAAUGUAGAGUUUAGAUUAGUUCCUGUUUGUUUUAAAUCACUUUAUGUAAUUUAGCUGGUGAAUUAACACAAAUCUGCAAACACAGAGACCACGUUUCGGAUAUCUGGAUGAGCUGAAACUUUGCCAUCAGUAGAUUCUGUAUUUCGUUCAGACCGGACGACUCUGAUUUCACCUGAAUAUAAUAUGUCACUAGCAUGAUUUUAACAGCAAUUGCUAAAUAUAUUGUUCUAACACUGCAAAACUGAAGUCAGAAUGAAAAUGACUAAGAAGAACCCAAUAAGCUCUGAUGGAUUGUUGAUGGAUCGCUCAUCAAAAUAAAGGAGACGGUCUGGCUGUGGUCUGUCACAGCAGCUCCAUGAUGAACAUCACAACGAGGAGGCUGCAGGUUAGUUGGAUGUGAGAAAGGGGUGUGUGGCAGGAUGCUACAGUCUCCUCUAAGCUCCCUGAUGAAU